AUAAGGACAUAGAGGAUUGCGUCAUCCAAGAGAAGAAACGGAGGUCGAGGGUCUCUUUCCGCAGUCGAUGGCGAGACUUGCCGGCGGGCAGAUAGUCGUCGCUCCUCCUUCCUCCUUCCCCUGUGGACGCUCGAUCAUGUGCUAAGCCAUACACACCAUGACUGUUGUGACGAGGACAGCUUCCGAAUUGUACGUUAGAUAGUGAAGAGUAGGAAAAAUAAGUAGUAGUAACAAUGAGUCGCUCAAAGAAGUAUAACAACCCCUUCGCUGGGGUUCGCUACGAGCAUCUAGUCGCUGGUGUGUCGGGAGGGGUUGCAUCCACGCUCAUUUUGCAUCCUCUGGACCUUCUCAAGAUCAGAUUUGCAGUCAGUGAUACUUCAGCCACGGCGACAAAGCCUCAUUACACCGGACUGACUCAGGCUCUAGGUCAGAUCUUGAGACAUGAGGGGAUAAAAGGAUUGUAUAGAGGAGUCACGCCUAACGUUUGGGGUGCAGGAUCUGCCUGGGGCCUCUACUUCUUGUUUUACAACAUGAUCAAGUCGUGGUUCCAGAGUGGCAACAGCAAAGUGCACAUCGGCCCCAGCCUCCACAUGGUCGCGGCGGCAGAGGCAGGCAUCCUGACCCUCGUAAUGACUAACCCCAUUUGGGUUGUUAAGACCAGAUUAUGUUUGCAAUACACUGAUGGAACAGGCAAGGUUCUAGCAGAGUCUCAUCGGUACAAUGGGAUGGUCGAUGCAUUUGUCAAGACCUACAAGUACGAAGGAGUCAGAGGACUAUACAAGGGUUUUGUUCCUGGCGUUUUUGGAGUAUCACAUGGAGCACUACAGUUUAUGGCUUAUGAAGAGAUGAAGGCGAAGUACAACAGGUAUCGCAAUCUCCCUAUUGAUGCAAAACUGACAACCUUGGAAUACCUUGGCUUUGCAUCACUCUCCAAACUCUUUGCAGCUGUCACAACUUACCCAUACCAAGUUUUGCGUGCCCGCAUGCAAGACCAGCACGCCCAUUAUGACAACUUGCGCCACUGUAUCAAAGAAACAUGGAGGUACGAAGGAAUUAUGGGAUUCUACAGGGGCAUGUCACCAUACUUGGUGCACGUGAUGCCCAACAUUUGUCUGGUAUUCUUAAUUUAUGAAAAAGUGGCUGGGAGUUCAUGAGAGUAAAUCUUGUGGUGGGGGAGAGAGAAGCUGGGCUUGUAUGAAUGAACAAAGCAUGAAUGUUCAAAGUAUAUCUCCUCUUAAGUAUAUAAUGUUGACCAACUGCAAAGAAAUAUUAAUGUCAUAUCUAUAUAAACUUAAUAUCCUUUGUGAUAAUCAAAGGUUGUUCUUGUGUCUGUCUUAAGGGGAGAGUUCACUUAUCCCCUUUCAUAACUCAUUUACUCUGUAUUCCAUAUAUUAUCAUUCAUCAUAGGUGGAUACCUUAGCCAUUAGCUUAAAUAUCAGACCUCAUGACAUAGAUCAUGAAGGUGACAACAUUGGAUGAAACCUGGAAGCUGAGAGGACAUCAAGAUGGAUUGAUGCUUCAUCAGAAAAUGGUUACUUACAUGCUAAAUUUGGUAGCUGAAAGGAAUUAAAGAAAUAUGAUUAGUUGAUAUGGAAAAAAACACAAAACAACAACCAUGUAGAUGAUUUGGGAAGCAUACAGUUCAAGUAGUAGACUUGUAGAAGAUUACCUACAGACAGGUAAUAUAUCUUGUACUCUGCAUGGUAUGGAAUUUGUUUGUCCACCAGUGAAUUGAUAGACACCCUAGUAAACAAUGAUAUUUUGAGGAAGGACCAUUUGUUUCUGUGACUCAGUGAAUUGUUUUUGUGAAUGAUAAAAAGAAAAUGUUCAUUGAAAAACAAAAUAUCUAGAAAUUAAUAACAAAUGAAAUACUAUAACACCGUUGAGCUAGUAAUGGAUGAGUGAUGAAGUCACACCCUAAUAUAUAUCUGUGUUUUGCUUUAAAAUAGUUUGUUGUACACGUGUGCAAAUAUCUGUGUAUAACAGAUAUAUAUCUGUGUACAAAGUCAAGGCCACAUAUAGUUUGACAUAUUUAUUAUAGUUAAAGCAAUUGUUAUAGGCAAACUGAAGUUAGUUUUUGCUACCUCAUUUGAUAUUACUGAAUAUUUGUCAUAUAAUGGAGACAUGUAAAAAGAGUGUUUACAUAAUAUGAUAAUGAGUUUAUUUAUUUAUUUAUUAUUUUUUUGUUUCUAGUAAUGUGAGCUAACUGUAAUCCAUUCUCUGAGUUAUAGACAAAAAUUUCAUUUAUAGAUUUAUCUGAGGGUUUUUGUGAGUUAAUGAAAUUUAUUCAACAUAUGAUAUUACAACUCAGCAUAUCUCCAAGAGUACUGAAUACUUAUGUGCCAUUAUCAGUAUAAUUUUAGUAUCUAUAGAGGAUUUUGGUAAGAAUAUCAUUGCUACUGGUGUAUUGUCAGCUUGCUAUUUAAAGGAGAAGUGUGUUUUUGACAAAGCAUUCCGUAUUUUGUGUGAUGUAAAGCAAACUUGUUUUUUAUUUAUCUGUUUUCUGUUUCCUUAUUUAUAUUUUUGGAUUUCAAAGGACAUGAACUGUUUGCAUACCAAUUUUCUUUAGAUUGGUUGUCACUAUCUAGAUUUUUUGAUUGGUGAUGUUGUAAUUCCUGUAAGUAUACCAUAAAAAAACUGAUGCGAGACCAGUCUGUGUCCCUGCUUUAUGAUAGUGAGGAGAAGCUCUAUAACUAGUGACCUUUGUAUAUGCAUUGGUUGAAGGGCAUCAAAAUUUGGUCUGAAUCCAAAACACUGAAAGAAAUGUUUAACUUUCCUUUGUUGGAUGCUGGGGUAUCUUAUCUAAACUGUGAUUAUCUACAUGUGGCGUAUUUAUCUUAAUUUUCAUUGCGGCAGAAUUUGGGCUUUUUCUUUUUUUCUUCUUUUUUCCUUUUUCUCAUACAUUAGUAGUGAGAGUUCCUUCCCAUGGAUAUGACCUUAACCCCUGGAGGGUAAGACGAAGGAUAUAUUUUUCAUACAAACAAGUCAGGUCUGCGUAAGGAGGUUCUGGCUCUCUUCAUCACAGAUUUCCUUUCCUUUAUUAUAAGAACAAUUCUAGUCAGUUCUGCACAUGUGUUGAGUUUUGCAAUACAUAAAGCAAAAAGUGUUUAAAUGUUAUUUUAUUGUAAUAUUUAGUUUUUUUUUUUUCUCCAUUAUUUUUCUUUUCUCUUGAAACUUUCUUCUAUGGCAAAACAUACUGAUACUCCAACUCUUACCUACAUGCAUAGGAAUGGGAAUUCUGAAAGAUGAAAUAAGCAUUGGGCUGAAGGAGUCUGUACUUGGCUUAUCUUACUUUUUGAGAUCCUAUGCACAGUAUGUAAGCUGGAAGAGACUAAUUAUUUUGUAGUAUAGAAUAUCAUUCAUAAGUGAUGCCCUCCUGUGUACAUUUUGUGGGCAUGGACACUCAUUAACAUCCUGUUCACCUUUUUACGAUUUUAUCUCUAGGUUUCAUGUUGCAUUUUUAAAAAAUGCCCAGACACUUAAAAGAUAAUAAUGAAGAUGCUGUUUUGAUGAAAAUGUAAUAUUAAAUAUAUAUUAAGGAUGAAAUUGAAUUAUUUUUGUUAAAAAUUGUGAUCUAUCUUUGAAUAAUACAUCUGUACUGAUGUUUUUUUUUCUUUCUUUCUCUCUCAUUCUCUUUUUUUACAUUUUGCCCCAUUUAUUUCCUCUUUAAGUUAAUGGAAUUCUUUGUGGAAAGGAGACAGCUGUGAUAUUCAGAAUCUUUUUGUUUGUUUCUUUUAUUUUUCAUCAUAGCUAAAUGAUAAAACCCUGUCCAAAAAUAGCUGAGAGAAUAUCCCCAAUUUAGUUUGGAACAAACCAUGAGAAAAUUUGCCUGAAAGUGACAGGGAAAUGAAAAUGGUGUGAUACAGUUUUGGAAAGUUAUGCCUCAAGACCAACAGUUUGAUAAUGUUAAUAUUCAUUUUUCUAAUAUAUAUAUAUAACUGAAUGAUACUGUAUAUAUACAUGCAGCAAACAAUAAAUAUUAUCCCCCCCCCCUCUAGUACUUAGCAAUAUAUCUAAUACUGACAGUGUUGAUGAGUGAUGGGGCAAAGUGUGAAUGUACUGAAGGUUUUCUAACCAUAUUAUUAUGAAUAUUGAUAUAUAUCUUUGUUCAUAUUACUCUUCAACAUCUGUGAACAUAAGGUAACUGUCACCUGUUUAUGGACAUGGUAAUUGGAAAUUAUAUUGGCUAUGAGAUUUUAUACCUAAAUACAAAAAGGUAAUUAUC